AUGAGUAAGCUUCAGAGUGAGGCCGUAGAAGCCAUAACUGUAAUCAGAGGCAAAUCCGAAGAUAAGAAACGCAACUUCGUUGAGACUCUCGAGCUCCAGAUUGGUCUCAAGAACUAUGACCCUCAAAAGGACAAGCGUUUCAGCGGCUCUGUCAAAUUACCUCACAUUCCCCGUCCUGAGAUGAAGAUCUGCAUGCUCGGAGACGCCCAGCACGUCGAGGAGGCUGAGAAGAUGGGGCUGGACUACAUGGAUGUGGAGUCUCUCAAAAAGCUCAACAAGAACAAGAAGCUCGUCAAAAAGCUUGCCAAGAAGUACCACGCCUUCUUGGCCUCUGAAUCCGUCAUUAAGCAGAUUCCACGUCUUCUUGGUCCUGGUCUCAACAAGGCAGGCAAGUUCCCAACGCUUGUUAGCCAUCAGGAGUCGCUGGAUGGGAAGGUGAAUGAAACUAAGGCUACAGUCAAGUUUCAGCUGAAGAAGGUUCUGUGCAUGGGUGUUGCUGUUGGUAACCUCUCCAUGGAGGAGAAGCAGAUUUUUCAGAAUGUUCAGAUGAGUGUCAACUUCCUCGUCUCUCUCUUGAAGAAGAACUGGCAAAAUGUGAGGUGUUUGUACCUCAAGAGCACAAUGGGACCACCUCAAAGAAUAUUCUGAGCUCUCGCUGCUGCUUCAAUGGUGGCUAGAUACACCUGCACUUCUGUUUUUAAAUUUCAGACAUAGUAAGAAGUGUGUUGGGGUGACUUUGUUUUGUACGUAGCUUAUAUUAUUUGUUCAUGAAUAUUCAACAAACAAAGAAUUUUCUAAACUAA